CUCUAGUCGCCGCCGCCGCUAGCAUAGUUAGCUCCCCAACAGCUGUCGGUGGCACUCAGUCAGCAAGCGUAACAGUCUCAGUGAUUGUGCUUCCUUUAGAGGGCCGCUGUGUUAUCUCCAGGAGCCAAUUGUUUUUCUUUCCUAAGGGUUUUCUGUGGUAUUAUAUUGUUGUCCUCGCCGUCACAACAGACAGAAGUCCUGGGACAUGGCCAGACAAGAACAAGUCCUGGUGCUAGAGCCGCAACAGGAACUCAAAUUCAGAGGCCCAUUUACAGAUGUUGUCACCGCCACGCUGAAGCUCACUAACCCCACAGACAGAAAUGUCUGUUUCAAAGUUAAGACAACUGCGCCUCGCAGAUACUGCGUGCGUCCAAACAGCGGCAUCAUUGACGCUGGAACCUCCAUAAAUGUUUCUGUAAUGCUGCAGCCGUUUGAGUACGACCCCAACGAGAAGAGUAAGCAUAAAUUCAUGGUGCAGUCCAUUCUGGCUCCCAGAGACAUGACCGACAUGGAAGGAGUUUGGAAGGAGGCCAAACCUGAGGACCUGAUGGACUCAAAGUUAAGAUGUGCAUUUGAGAUGCCUCUAGAAAAUGACAAAACCCAUGAGAGUGAAAGCGUCAAACCUGUGUCUUCCUCUACCUCUGUUAAGAAUGAGCACUCUGCACUGCCCAAGUCAUCCAGCGCCUCCCUGGAUGACGGGGAGGUGAAGAAGAUCAUGGAGGAGUGCAGGCAGCUGCAGAUGGAGGUGCAGAGGCUACGAGAAGAAAACAAACAGAUCCGGGAGGACGACGGUGUGCGGAAGAGAAAGAUUCCACCAAUGGCUGGUUCUCACUCCAACACCAUGGCUAGCACGGCCAUGACGAAGGAUGAAGGCUUGAGCACCCGCGUCCUCGCAUUGUGCUUGCUCUUCUUUGUGAUUGGAGCCAUCAUUGGCAAGCUGGUCCUUUAGAGACACAGACUGAGCACAGUGACGGACGGACGGACGGACGCAGGAAUGAAGGGACGGACAGCGUGUCUUAAAGGGCACGUACCAAUGACGGCAACGGGGAUGUCUUCUGGGUUUAUGUUGAUCUGUUUGCUUGUUUCCUUAACAUUUAAAGCUACUAGCCAGGGGUUUAUCUUCCUUCAACAACAACUGUGCAAUGAUGAUAAAAACACAGCUGAGGAAAAAAACAAAAAAAAAAGUAUAAUUUUCCACUGCUGGACUUCACAAUUUAUGAUUUUUUUUUUGUUUUGUUGUUUUUUAACGGUGCGAUUGACCUAACACCAGGCAACAAGGGUUGACAUUAGAGCCUCUGGCUUUAGUGAACGCUGUGGUGAUCGGGCAACAUUUAGCAGGUUUUAGGUGUAAAUUCAGACCCAUAGUAACCUUCUCCCUGAAGAAUACAAACAAGAUAAGAAAACUAAAUUGAAGGUUAGACUCGGGCAGACAGAGUUUCCACGAUUCCCAUGUUGGACGCUGCUGUUUAUAGCGAUCCAUUGAUCGUCUUUAGAGGUCUGUGGCGGUUAAUGCUGCUUAAUUGGUAUGGAUCUAUUUAUAUUGUUCACAUUUUUCCAAUCGAUUGGUUUCAGUGCAUGUCAGCCAUUCGUAAAAUGAAUCAAUGGCUCGACUGGUAUCAUGACAUGCUGUGGCAGAGCAUGCAGUAUCUGAAAACACAUGCCAACCCAACAUUGUCUACAGACAAGUAAAGCUCUUAGCUGGCUGUAAUUUAAUUUUAAAUUUUUUUUUUCCUCUUCUUCCCUCUGCUGUUUAUUGAAAUUAUGGUGUUAGGCUGCAUUUUAACAAUCAUAAUGGGAUUAACUAGUAAUCCAGGCUGAUUAUAAUCUGUCUUCCUGGUGAUUCAUCUCUACAGUACUCACCGUGAUGUUUGCAUCCAAUUCAACAGCUAACUUUCUCCCAGCUUUUGAAGAAUCUUAAGUGAAUUUGGUGGCUCCAGUUCUGGUGGUAAAAUCCUUACUGGUUAAGCUCAGCCUGGGUUUGUUUUCCACACCACCCUGCAACAGCUCUUUACUGCGACUUCAGCAGGAGAGGUGGGCAAUGAAGCAAUCCUUUAAAUCGGCGAUUGCACUAGAAUUCUGUUCUAAUUUCCUAACAAAAUGCAUUAGCCUUACCACAAAUUUGUUGUUGGGUUUUUUUGGGGGUUUUUUAAGGUAUUUGGCUCUAAAGUAUUUUCAAUCCCCGAUCGUUCCAGUCAUCCCUCUGUGUGUGUGUUUGUCGCCAAACAUCUUGACGUUUUGGUGUAGAAUGCAAGUAACCACAUCUGGGCCUCGUUUCAGAAAGCAGGAUAAGUGAAAACCUUGAUGAAGUUCUGGAGUAACUAUUCUGGGAAGGUCCUGGGUUCGAUUCCCGGUCCGGGGUCUUUCUGCAUGGUUUGCAUGUUCUCCCUGUGCAUGGUGGGUUCUCUCCGGGUUCUCCGGCUUCCUCCCACAGUCUAAAAACAUGACUGUCAGGUUAAUUGGUCUCUCUAAAUUCUCCCUGAGUGUGUGUGUGUGAAUGGUUGUGUGUCCUGUAUGUCUCUGUGUUGCCCUGCGACAGACUGGCGACCUGUCCAGGGUCUUGACUCAGAAUUGACUUGCCUAAUUGAUAUCUCCUGCUCCGAAACUGAAAACCCAGAGUAUCACCGAUCUGGGUAGGUUUAUUCAGAGUACCUACCUCCUGCUCAGGGCUCUUUAACCCUGCUUUCUGAAACGGGGCCCUCAAGGGUAAGUUUGUUUAAAACGAGAUGAAAAUCACAAAGGGAUGUACUCCAACCAGUUAACUUCUGCCUGUUGUGAUGUCACCUGCAGAGGAAGAAUUUUCUCAUACAUGAUCUCCAAAUGAUUAGAAAGAACGGCGUUAUUAGUGACAAACUAUAAAGUUUGUAUCUAAGGGGAGUUAAGUGUAGAAGGUCAACAAAGGAAGGCAGGCCCGGUUAAACCACAAGGCUCAGCGUUUUUUUUGUCCCAGGCUUUAUUGUUUUCUUUCUUUUUGAUUUUUUUUUAAUUUUUUUUUUGUUCCCUGCAUUUGAUCUUUUCUCUCCGUCCAUCUCUGCUUCCUAAAGGACCUACCCCAUCUUGCAGCGGUGUGUGGAAGUGGCUUCAUGCUGGCUGAAUGUUUAAAGUCUUUCAUUGAUUCUGAACGUUUCUCAGUGGCGUGUCUUUACCUCCGUUAUCACGUCUCUUCCACUCGUUGAUCUGAUAGGACAGAAGAACAAAAUUAAUCAUUGAAAGACUUUUUGUUCUUUUUCCUGAAUGCAAACUUUGUGUCUUGUCUUCUAAAGAGUGAAGUGAAAAAUGAUAUAUAUAUAUAAAUAUAUAAGUAUAUGUAUACUGUAUGUAUGAGCCAGUAGAAGCUGUGUGUGUGUAUGUGUGUGUGUGUGUGUGGAUGUUUUAAUGUGAUGGGGCUGCAAAGAGUUUCCUGUUUGUAACAGAAAAUAGGGAAUGUUCACUGAAAAAAACAAAAAAAGAUUACAUUAUUAAUCAUGUUGCUCACUGUCCAGACCAAGAAAUCUGCUCAAUCGAAUUAAAACUUUGGGCCACUAAUAAAGUUAUUACCUAAUACAGGAUUGUGAUGAUUAACUUAAGAUGCACGGUGAACUAUUAAAAAAAAAAAAGAAGAAGAAUCAAAGCUACAAAUUAGUUUGAUGUCUAGAAUCAGUUCUGAAACAGUUUCAAUCCACAGCAGGUCCUGCAGACUCAGCUGAUGCACUUCUAGGAAAUCCAGAGUUAAGAAAAUCGGUUUUGUCCACCUUUGCUUUGUUUUUUGUGUUGUUAUAGAAGUUAUUUUAUGAUCUUCAAAUAUACUGCAGCCUGCAUGAAAUAGCUGAAUCACGAUUGCUGUUUUAUAGUUAUUUAUUAAGUUUGGAAAUUCAAGCAAGGCCUGUGUUUUCAAAAGGGACCAGUUUAGUCUUGGGGUUUUAUCGGUUGAACUGUUUUGUUUUCGUCAUCUCCUUGUUUCUGUUUCCCAUCUGGCUCCGGUUGGUGGUAACCGCUGCUUCAUGUCGACCAUCAUGCAUCCACCUUUAUAAAUCAGUUCUGUUUCAGGAAAAAUAAAGAGAAAUGUGUGUCUUUUUUUUACUUAUUAAAGAUGGAGGUGUUGCGAUAUUUGGGGCGUGGCCGUCUGUGGGGACUGACCUGUUAAUACGCACUACAUUAAAGGAAAUAAUAAAAGGUAUUUGCGCUUUAGACCACUCCUGCAUUGGUGCAGUCACAGCAGUGUUAUCACACAGUCAUCAGAUACUCUUGUAUGUACAUAUAAAUACUCAAACAUGUAGUAAAGCAAGAAAAGAACUGAAGAGCCACCGUGGAUCAUGUAGCAUCAUAAUAAAUUACAGUGCAUAAACUCCC